GCAGCCGGCAAGCGAACCGUGUCUGUGAAAAAGUUACCCCCGGUCGCGAUCGGAUCAGCUGAAAUUUAUGCGGUUCGCGCGGUAAAUCCGGUCCGGCGAUCGCGCACGGUUCCAUCUGCUCGAUCUUCCCGCGCCUCGUGUCGUCUCGCCUAUUCACCGCGUUACGUCGUUUUUGUACGCGCUCGCGGAGAAAACCGUACCCUCGAACUGGAAAUAUUACCAGCGGCGAACAAGCAAACGAACGGAAAGUUCGGGUGAAAACGAUCCGACGCGGGUGAAUCGACGAUCGUCGCCUGGAAAGUUGUGACAGGGUGCCCCGGGAACAGUGAUUUAUCGACGAAUAGGCCCGCUCGUGGACGAAGUGCUUCGAUUUCGGCGACGACAUGUGACGAGAGGUGUCGAUCGUGUGUCAGCGAUAAAGCGUCCCGAUCUCCAGUCGAUAGUUUCUCGACUGACGAUCCUACUGCCGCGGAUUCCGUACACGCCUGGAAACUCGGUGAACGCGGCGAGUGGUAACGAUAAACAACGCGACACGCAUCGGAUUCUGUGACCGGGGUGCGCGUAUUACCCGAGUGGCGUCGUUCACGCGGUUAUCGAAGCCACGGUGGCGAGGUGAUAGUGGAUCCCAGUUCGCGGAGGACAUCCAAAUGCGUGUGUCGUCAUCGCGUCAUCGCGCCGUGGGCUUAACGAGGAGCUGUUAACGCCGGCGUCGUUAGGGAACCCGCGACGCAAGUGGACGCUCCUCGUCGCUCCGAAUCCUCGAAACUGCCGCAGCGAUUGUUAGACGUCCCGUUUGCGCGACAAGAACAGUGCUUUACGGUUCGGACAACCACUCGAUCGUGGAUAGAGACGGGAGCGUAAAGUGAACAAACAGGGAGCAAACAAUACAAGGAGGAAUAUUGCGUAGUUUGCGAAGGAAAACAGAUGUUCUCUGGGAACAGCGUGUAUUCGACUUGACUCUGGGGUUGUUGGUACCUUUUCGUGUCAGGAAUACAUUUUGUUACAUGAUUCCUUUGAACUUGGAUAGAGAAUACUACAACUAACCAACAGGAAGAAGACACUGUGUCUUAUAAAUGUAUAAAAGUGUACGAAGUCAAUCGUCACAGGCAAGAUUGCUCCUCCGCGUUCGUCUCACCUAGGGGUUGCUACUGGACAACCUCAAAUAAACAGAGAAAAUACACGGACUUGCAUCGGACCAGUCUAUCGAUGUGGUCAUAAGAAAUCCUGCUACUUACUCGCAGUACCACGUUCCCCUUAAUUCGAGAUUGUCCUUUCGACGUUGCCCAAGGAAAAUGGAGAACUCGAGCGGUCGUCGUUGCGCGAACGUGCUCUCUUGAAGCGGAAUUUUUCGCGUGGCUAUGGUUCGUCAGUGAAAAGAAGCCAGCGUAAUCUCCCCUUGAGACGAUUGGAUUGUCGUUUCGCAGCGAGGAGCGAGAGGCGAAGAUAACAGAGACGCGCAGAGCGGAGGGUACCAGUUUUCGAAAGGGGUGUAUCGACAACAGGCACUGAAAGAUCCGAAGGAGACCAGAUGCGCUUCAGACGCGCCCCAACUUUCAAAACAGAGAUGAGUUGAGGAUCGGCUACGAUGUUGUGUCGUUUUUCGGCCGUGGUGGCCUCCAUUUUGGUUCACCAGCUACACUUCCUGUGUGCCGCCGGUUCACUAGGUGCUAAGCCGUUUCCUGGACUGGAAAACCUGCCGAGGUCGUUCUGGCAUGAGCUUAGUUCGCCUUUUACCGAGGUAUACGACGUGGAGAGUUUCGCGACAGACACUGGCGGCACCCCUGAGCCCAGGCCCUUUUUCGAAGAUCCAGAGAGCAACAUUACCGUGCAACUCGGUGCAGCCGUAUAUAUGCACUGUAGAGUACAAAAUCUGCAGGAUACUCUUAAGGUGUCCUGGGUCCGCAGACGCGGCGAAGAACUUCAUUUGCUCACUAUCGGCUUGGACACGUACGCGAGCGACUCCAGGUUCACGUUGGCCUUUGAGAAGCCCAAUGAUUGGCGAUUGCUUUUGCGCUCGGCGACCGAACGGGACGGCGGCCUCUACGAGUGUCAAGUCAGUGCCCAUCCCCCAUUAAUCAGAACUGUCCAUCUGACGGUGUCAGUGCCGCGGGUGGAGAUCGUCGACGAGCACGGUGCCACAGCCGGCGACAAAUUCUACAAAGCGGGUAGCACGAUAGAAUUGAAGUGUGUGGUCAGCAAUAUACCGCAGCCUACCGGAUACGUAACGUGGCGGCACGGAUCUCGAACGCUGAAUUACGACACCACUCGCGGAGGAAUCAGCGUGAAGACGGACAUGGGCACCAGCGGCGCUACAUCCAGGCUCUAUAUAGCAAACGCGAACAAAAAGGACAGCGGGAACUAUAGCUGCGCUCUGGCGGAUGUCGCCGCGGCCACCACCGUCUCCGUCCACGUGUUAAAUGGCGAGAAUCCAGCGGCCAUGCAGCACGGCGGCAGCGGAGGGCUGAGAUCAGUCUUCGUCCUCAUCGUCCUCGCGACGCUCACCUCGUCGCUUUCGAGGUGACCGUGAUGACUCGAUUGUUCCGCGGGCCUGCAGUUCGAAUGGUGCUAACUUUCUUCAUCCACGCGGCCAGAUCUUGAAGCGAUGGCGACGAUCUGGCCCGUUUCAUCGAAGCCAGAAAACUCACCAGGAAACAGGAACGUUUUCCACGACGAAAACGGAAAACGUUGCGAAAUCGACGCCUCGUUUUUCCAAACACGAACGAAAAUCGCGACAGGAAGCGAGGCUCCCUCGUUGGAACCCUCGUUCCUCGCGCAACGUCAUCGACAGACUAUCUUUUCCCUUCUUUUUUGUGUUCUUUCCUUUUCACGGUACGAUGCUGACUGGAGCGUGAAAUUCCUCCAAGAACAACGAAGUUUCUUCUCUAUUGAGACCACUCGUGGAUCGUGUUUACAAGUGCUCGAUGCUCGAGGCCCAUUUUAUUAUGAGCCCGUUGCCAUAAGCGACACUUUCGCGCUUCCUGUGCGAAACGUCGAACAGGAGGAGGGCGACGGACGUUCGCCGUUGUUUGUACAGUCGAAUUGUUGGUAAUUGUUUGCAGCAACGCCCGACUUCAUCGGAUUCCACGGCAUUGGAAUUGAAUACGGUGCGUUGGUAAAUGUUUUGGUGGAGAGGAGUAGUUAUCGUCUCUAACUUUCAAGGUGGAAUUGUUAGAAACUUCUGUUCGUGUUCUAGCAAACUAUGGUUAAGAGAAGGAAUGUAUUUUUUUCAUAUUACUACAGUCCUGUUACGAGUUUCACAAUGGAUAAGUUUGAAGAGCUAUCAAGUAUCUCCAUGUGCAAACAUUAUUUGCAUAUCCUGCAAAGUUUCUUGAAUUAAUUUGACCCUCCCCGAUAACCCCAAUUAUAAUAUGUUUGGCUAUUGAAUAAAGUUCUGGAACCACUGAGAUGUAUUUAUAAUUCAAUAUAAAUUCAAAGAGAAAUUUGAAUAAUUUAGUGAGAAUAACAAUCGAAUUUCAUUAAUAUUAUUAGUUGAAAAAGAGUACCUCUAUUUCAAGUUUAACAGGAAAGAUACCUCUUUAACUGUGAGAAAGUACACACAGGAUUGCUAGUUCCAAUAAAUAUACAUAUUUCUAUUUUUUCUAACAACUCUACCUUGAAAACUAAAGGUGAUAAACGAGUAGUCGUUGCUUCAAACGCUCCCGAACACCCUCCAAAUGCUUCUCAAUCGCUGAAGUCGAGGUGGGCGCUAUUGUAAAUAAUUAUCGAGUCGUUCGAUUGCGUCAGAGCCCUCGCGGAGCCCUCGAAGAGUGAAGUUUCGGAAGAAGCCGGCUGCAACCGAACUUCCAUUGAGCAGAUUAACAUAUCAGUCGAUUUCUGAGGACAAAAAUCGCGGAUUUUCCUGUUCGCUGUUACCCCGGGACGAGGAGCACUUUGCCGGCUCGAGCACUCCCGCGAGAAGAGGAGUGUCCUCGAAAAUUAGAAAGCUUUCGUCGCGGUUGUUGACGUAAUUGAGGCGCGUUCAGUCGAACGAGACGUUUUCCUUUGUAGCGCCACGGACUCUGACUACCGAAUACUCGACGAGUAUUGUUUACCCGAACCCAACAGCCUUCGAGCGAGCCGCGAAAGGGAAAUUACGAAAGUUAUUCGUAAUCGAAGCAACUUUCGCAUCUUUGGAAGUAGUAACGACCACGAACUGGACGAAGCUGUUUCGUCGAGGAAAUGAUUAAUCCUGACGGGACGCGUAUCUGUUCUUGAGGAGAGAGAAAUCAGAACUGGGGAAAUAAAGUGGAGGAUUCAAAGAAACUUGGUUAGCCAAGUGAUCUAUAAAUGUGUUACGGCUCAGACUGAGCACGAUGCUGAGGCUAUGUUAAUAGGUAGACAAGAUUUUUCAAAGAGAAAUUUCUCGAGGGAAAGUGCUAGACCAAUAGACUUCUUGAUCGAAAGGUAAUCAUGAUGUUUGGGUUUAUGGAUGUUCUGUCAUUUUUUUGAGAGUAGAAGUCUGGGGACAGUGUUAUCUUGUAUUGGAGAGAGACUUUUAUUUGCUUAGUUAAUUUACAUCAUUUUAGUGCAUCAUGUGCGAAUGGCUACUAAUUGGAUCCUUAUAUAAGGUGUUCUGCAAUGAAUGGUGCAACCAGCAAGGAGGGCCUAAAACGAUUGAACAGUGUAAUUACUUUUUCUUAACGGAUCAAUACUUCAUAUCAAUAUUAUUCAAGGUAUAGAGAAUUCACACCUCAACUAUUUUAUUUUUCAUUCUAAAAGGAGUAAAAGUUCCAAAGUGACUUAACAACUCGCAUCCCCCUUCCCCCAUUUACUUACCGUACUCACCCUGCGAGCUAAUGGCGGUUCCAGUGUGUAUCGACGGAAAACACCAACCAAUGCACCGCAUAGUGCGUUUACAUUUUACAUCAGGCUCGGUUCGGAAAGCGAGCAACAUCGUGCGAUACCAUCAGCGCUCAUGAAUAGCGCCGGAACGACGAACUUUAAAGGCGCUGUCAGGCACGCUGUUGCAAACUUGAAACCGUCGUAUAAUAGCCGUGCACAGGGUGGCAGAAAAUUAUCACUCGCGAUUUAUAAGGUGCUCUCGUUCCUGGACUGCCCCGGAGCGCUCAACCGGGCAGACAAUGACCGCUCAUAAAGUAUCGAAUCACUUCCUGGCCCCUGUGUUUAUCGCGUGUCGUUAUGCAAAUUUGUGUUCGCUACGCCGCUAUAAAUUUGACACUUUGAUUACCAGACCGUUUCGGUGGACAAUCACUUUUCCAUUGGACACCGACCUCGCCCCUCCAACUUUUCCAAAUGCGUCUGCAUAAAUGACGGAUACACGCGAUCGGUCUGUCCAAUUCGCAUCCACCUACCUACGUACAAUCGCGCGUGUUAAUCGGUUUUCGCCCUUCGGUGGAUUUGAUUUUUUUUUCUCCUCCCUUCUCGUCUCGUUUUAUCCUCUCUCCCCUCUCUCUCUAUUUUUUUUUUGUUCGUUCGACGGAAAAGGAUAACGCGAAUCACACCGGUAUCCCGAUCCCAUCGACCUAAUCGGGAUAGGUUGAUGAAUUUCCGCGGCGAUCGUGAAUCUGGAAAGACCUUUCGAUAUCGAGCCUGGCACGGAUUUUCCCCGACAGCGAUCGCUUUUGAUUAAUCGGCCCUCGCCGAUGGUUUAUUUACCGUGCUUGAUUUCUAUUUGCGAUGCAUUUUUAUGAGGCGUUUAACGCUAUUUCCACCGCUGUUUCGCAUAGAUCUGUUUCGAACGAAAGGUGUCUUUCGCAGCUUCGCAUUUGGGGAAUAAUUUUCUGUUGAAGGGUGGUGGAAGAUCAAUUUUGUUUAUACAAGUACAGAUUGCGUUCUUACGUUCAUUUUACUUGUUGAUAUUUAGUUCGGAAUGGGUCCCAUUAAAAAAGUCGACUAUCUUAAAUUUAUGAAGAUCAAUGAAUAAUAAGGAUGAAAAGCUCUUGCUGUUACUUAACUUCACCUCUUCAUCUACCCUGUUAUGGGUUGAAAAUAAAAUUACUGCACAACUGAACCAAACCCCACGAGUAUAAAGGAUUUCCAGCCUGUUGUUUGUCUAUCAUUUAACGUCACAAAAAAUUCAUCCGACGAUCGCCAGAAAAAAUUGAAAUUUCGUUCCCAUCCCAUUUAAUUUGACGUAACAGCCAUCUAUUUAAUCAUUUCGAGCGCGGAGAGAAUAAAUCGAGCGGUGCAAACAAACGCGAGAAAUAGUUUUUAAUUUUUCCCGUAUCGCGCUCGUGUUUGCGAGAAUUUCUUCUCGCGGAAAAUGAAUACCAUCGAAAUAAUGAAAUCGAAAUAACGAAGAGGCGCCACUACUGAAAAAUUACGGUCCGUGUUUUGAAUUACAUAUCGCGGUUCUUUGUUUGCCGAACUCUUAUAGAAGCUUCAAUCAACCAGCUGUGCACAAAUAGCGCUGAAAAAUGGACAAUGGCGGCCGCUGUUGCACACAAUGCUUCAAACAUAAUAAAAAAAAAAAUUUCGUUCAAAUGUACGGGAUAGAGGCAAAGGCUACACUGAAAAUUGAUUGGGAAAACAAAUGGAAAAAUCAGCGACGACACAUAUUUUAAAAAGGAAGCGGAAUCGGACUCUAGCAUUGAAAACCUAUAGUAGUUGUUAUAUACGACUCUUUUAACAAAUUGAUCGUCACGUCACCCAGAAAUGGGUAACAGGACUUUUGCAUUAAAGAAGUAAGUAAAUUAAUUUCGAAGAUGAGACAGGAAUAGAAAUAAAUCUAGAAAGAUUUGUGGAUUUACCGACGUUGCACCAUUAUAAAUAAAACUCACUCUUGUAUUAUAUUUUUCUAAUUUUCUAUAUCUCAUACAAAAAUAUCAAAUUUUCAAUACCUGCUUCUAAUACCAACAAAUUAUUUUCCCUUUGGAUGCACUAUGUAUUCACACUGAUCGAGACGAAUAAAUUUCAUAUGUACUACAAUAUAAGUAGAUUCCAUCCAGCAAGAAUGAUCCAUCCGACCUAUAGUUGUUCCCCGAGGAUCGUUCGAUGCAAAUGUGCGACGAUGAGGCGAACGGAACGAAAUUUUGCACGUAAUGCCCGUAAGAAUCGAUUGCGGGAUGAAAAUCAGCGUUAGAUUCGAUUCGGGAACGGUUAAACGGGUCAUGACAAUGACGUAGGGGUUGUUCGGCGUAAAUCAGCGGGUCGUGGCCGCGGGGGUAACCGGCCGCCGGUUGUAUAAUACGAUAAUUUAGCUUGAGCAUUAUUGUAUGGCCUGGUGCAAAAUAUUUCAGCGAGGCACGCGCGUGCACGCGAACCGCUGCACAAAAACCACAUCCGUGUAACCGAUGCCCGUGAUAAAUUUAAUUAUCACCUGGACCGUGUCCGGGACACUUUUCAGCCCCGGAACCCCGUAUCCCCGAGCCGUCCAGGAAAUCAAAUUCUCCUCGGUCCUUUUGUUCCCUUUGUCUCGUUCGUUCCCUAUUCUCUGUUUUGCCACCGUCACCUUUUGUUCGUUUUUCACAGAUCUUGCGCCCCACCCCCGACUUCUUUCGCAUUUAUCGAUUUCGUAGUUUUAUUACUUUCACUUGGGGAGGGGGUAAGUGGCAAGUCUCGUAACUCCGACAGCAGAUAUCGGUGAGGAUCGCCUAAUGGGCCUUGGUCGACUGAACGACAGGCCUUCAAUUACCUUGUUAUUACUCAAUCUCAGGUGGUAUAUACUGCUUUUUACUUAAAGUAGUGCCAAGUUACUGAUUUCCAACACUGUAUUAUUCGAUGAUAACAAGGGGUAUCUAAUGAAGUCUUUCUAUCUGGAAUCAAUUUAUAAAUACUUUGAAAUCUCGACUACGUCGUCAAUAGAAAUUUAAGUAGUUUGAAGUAUUUCUACUUGAAACUUAAUUUAAGUUAGGAAUGGCUUGGUCAUCCAAUCGAAUUUCUCCUUUGCCAUUUUCCCUCGCAUAUUUCCGCUUCUUUUAUCUUUCCGUAUCGCAUCUUUUACUUUCAUGUCUUGUUUACCACUCCAGGCGGCCCAUCUUCUCUUCAGCCCUCCUUGUUCUCCCCUCGGCGUCCUCGUCUUCCGCCGGAAUUGCCAUCCAUUUCCAUUUCGCGAAGAGCGAACCGCUGUCGACGGCUGGAAUUCGCAAAAAACCGCAUUUGCGAAUUAAUGGUAAAUACUCGAUGGUAUCCACGAUGAGAAUCGCAUACGAGAACCCUUCUUGAGAAACUGGUCUCGAGGUGGGACCGAGUCUGACCUCCCACGACUACUUCACGCUUAAAACGAUUACAAAGUUUUCCAUAAGAGGCUUCGAGAUUUGAUUACUAUAAAAUAUCUCCAAUCUUUUAAUUUCGAAUGAAAUCACACACGAUCUCAAUGAAAUGAACAAGCGUAAAGUCUGGAGCCUUUACUUCUGGGUUUCAAAAAUUCAAUUUUUGUUAAGUAGUUGACACGUACUUGUUAGUUAUGAGAACGAUGAAUUGUUGAUUCUUUUAAUUAAAGUUACAAAACAGACAUUAGAGUUUGGAACACCAAAAGGGGGGUUGUUUAUCGUUCUCGGGGAUGCGUUGUUGACGUAAAACGGCUCGUUAAUUACAAGCGAGAUGCCUAUGCGCGGUUCAUUAAUGCACAGCGCUGCCAUAAUCAGGUCACGGCUGGCUUAAAGUCGCUUCAAGUCCUCGCUUCUUGAUGGACAUAAAGCUCUCAUUGUGCUCUACGCGAAUUUUGCACUUCGCUGAAUUAGGCAACGUCAGAGGGAGAGAUUUUGAAUUGAAAACGGAAUCUAUCUUGGAAAUUAUACGGGUUAACGAAAAAUACGUAGCUGAAUGAGGAUGCAUAAAUCAGAGACGCGGAAUAGAAUUUUCUUGCGGGAGACUUCGCUGCUUACAUAAUGGGUAGUAACGAUGGACGAAAUUUGGGGAGACUUUGAAACAUUGAACACAUAUUUGGAUAACUUGGUUCCUUCUACUUCUAAUUCUACUACUUUGUAAUUCAAGUUCUAAUUUUUAUUCAGUCUUUAAUAACGAUACUACAUUGUGUCGUUCAUAAUCUCCGAAAAAUUAAGGUUUGUGAUCGAAUAAAGACAAAGACAAUCUUGAAGAACAUUUAAAAAAAUUCCUAGGGAAUAAUAGGAGCUUAAAUAGAUUUUUAUAAUAAUACUAGUAUUUCAUAAGUGAUUUCAAAAAACCAAAGGGUCUAUAUCCGUAAUAUCUAUCAACUCCUUUACGGUUGCACCAUGUAUUUACCUACGGUUAUAUUUUAUUUUUUUCCAAUAAAGUGUAGAAAUUCUGCGAUGUAGAAUUUCCUGUCUUCAUUGUGGUUGAAAUUUCAUUACAAACUGGGCCGUUCAAAAUCACCGCGUGCUAAUGCCCGAAAAGGCAAAAUUGAACGUGCGUUUACAUUGCACUGUUUGAUCGAACAUUUGCAGCGUGGAUUCUUCGUGUUUGUUUCGUCGAGUGUAUGCGUCAGCGUGGGCGAGGCUUUUGAAUUUUUUUUGCGUCCAUCCGGAUCGCGAGAAUUGACAAAAUUCCAAAUUCUAUAGGCACGCGGUUAGAAUUUCAGUGAACAAAAUCAGCGAGAAUUAAGAAAAAGCCAAUAAUUAUUGUUGUAUGUAAGUAAAUUUGAUUACAAUUUUUUGGUUUAAAAAAAACUUAUUUCAAUUGUUGUUUUCGUGUACUUUUAGUUGAUCUACUUUAAAUGUGUGCUAAUAAACCAAUGCAUGGACAAGAAGACAAUAGAACAUCUUAAUUGAGUAAAAAAAUACAUUGACGCAGCAAUUAACGAAAUAUAUUUUUUUAAUUUUCGAAUUACUCAUGUAAGUCAUGUUUUAAACAAAAAUAACUAAUAACGUUGUUUCGUGAAAAUAUUCGCUGAAUGUUUGACCAAAAACUUGACACCACCAGAGGGAUGUAAUUAUUACAAUACAGCUCAACGAUUUCUAUGAUAAGAUAAUUAUCAUAUAGUAUACGAUAAACCCAGUUCGUUCACUAGGCAUUCUACCGAUAAGCGAAACGAACUUUCUGUUGAAUUUCAAGCACAUUUAUACGCGCGAAUCGAAGAGAGACGAACCCUUAAAUCGUUUGCAAUGUAUUUUUCUGAGAAUUCUGAAUUCUCGAGUUCUUUAAUCGUUACAUUUCUUAAUUUAUUAUUCUGAUAUGAUUAAAGAUUUCUAAACUUCUUUCUACUUGUCUCGAUAAACGAUAAAUGUGCGUGGAACUCGACAGAGAAAUCGAAUCUUCUCCGUGAAAUUCCUCGACGACACACGAUUAAAUAGUUGGUGUGGACGAAGGGGAAGGAAUACCUCCUCCUCGAGUCGACGUCGCGUCACUUGUAUCCUCGAACGAUUCUCCAUUUCCAUUCGAUUGAACCAGCACCAUGGACGACAAGAUUUUCACGGCCGCGUUCCGUAAUAUUCGACGCUCGGCGUCGCGACGUUUUUGCGAGUAAGAAUCUUUUUCUGCGUGUGUGCGUGUGCGCUAUUCGUUUGUAUGUGUGCGUCCUCGCGUGUAUCCUCGAGUACGAAUACACGAGUAAUUCGUAACGCGUUUGAUAAAAAAAAAAAAAAAUGGUAAAAUAAAAUAAAAUAAAAUAAAGUAAAGUAAAGUAAAGUAAACUAAAAGGAAAAAAAGUAUUCUGAAGUUAGACAAAGUAAGUCACACGCGACGCGUCAGUUCGAUCGAAGAUCGAUUAAAUUGGGGGUGAGUUGCCAUUUUACCGAGAAGAAACAAAUAGACUUCCUUGAGUUUAAACAUUUUUGAGUCAGGAGGAUGUAAAUAAUUGUUGCAAACCACUUUGCAUUUAGUUUCCUAACAAUAGUGUUCAAAUGUUUAAUAAUUUCGAAAAUUUGAUUGCCUUCGGGUUUCGAGCUUGCAGUGUCGAUGGUACCAAUUUCGAUCUUCGAUCGAAUUGACCCCGACCGGAGUACAUUGUAUGUAAAAUCGAAGAGCAUUCGUGUAAAGUCUUCGGCUCGAUAUAUUUGCUCAUCGCUAACCACGUCUCAUCAUCCAUAGUAAUGUAUCCAUGAUAACGAUAAAGUAAAUAAAAAAAAAAAAAGACACGUCUAUAAGCAUCUGUAAGUUAUUGGUACUAUUAAUGUCAUUAACGCGGUUAAGGUGCGAACCUGUUGUAGGGGGGGGGGGGAUACCACUCGAAGGGAGACAGAGAAGAGACGGGAAAAAAAAACAUAGAAAAUCCAUUUAAUGUCGGUAUUCGCUGUUCACUAUUUGUAAGAUUCAAGAAGGUAAAUACAAUAAAUUCAUAGUACUUAAUCGGUUGUGUACUUUAUUUCAGCGUACCCUGCCUGCACUAUA